UUUCUGCCUCCCUCGACUUCAAUCAACAUCAAUCGACAUCAAGAAGAAAGGCCAAAACUAGAAUCGCGAGCAUCAGCUUAACACCCUUCAUUUUCAGUAUAAUUAGAUAUCAUUGAGUCAUAUCUUGAACAACAUGAAGGCCCCUUACUUUAUCGCUGUCCUUGCCGCUGCCGUCUCGGCGCAGAACGCUAUCAUCGGAUUGCCCAAGAAAGACCAGGAGAUCACUGCAGGAGAGAAUCUAGUCGUGCAGGUUCUGCGCCCGAACUCUCUGACUGGCUCCGAGGAGAUGGGAGUCGCAAUUGGCGUGGCAUCCUGCGCCUCAAACCCCUGUAUGGCUCCGAAAGACACACUGGGCACUCUCCUCUAUAACGGGCCCUUCAAGCCCGAGUACCACGAUAACCUGGGUCCUUAUCAAAACUUUACCGUGACGAUCCCAGACUCUAUAGCUAAGGGAGACGCACAGAUCAAUGUCGCCCAUGUAGCAAUUGUCGGCGCGAGCGCUUGGCCAUACCUGGACCUGCUCAAUCAGACUGUUGUUGUUGCUUAGGUCGUGCGUUGAGGCUGUCUGCCUGUUUCCUCCUGUAUAUUCUCUUUGCGGGAAUUGGCGAGUUGUAUAUUCACUCCUUAAUUUUCUCUGGAUUUAAUUCCGUGGUUUUUAUUUUGGGAUUGUCGGUCCUUGGUCAUUUUGAUUCUAAAUUUUUAUGGAGAUCCUUUUAGCUAUAAGAUCGCCUAUUAUUAAUCUAUUUGAUUUAUUCGACA